AUGGUGUGCAGGUUCCUUGAGAGGGCGGCGAUCGUGGAGGCGGAGGCGGAGGCGGAGGAGGAGGGUUCGGGUUCUUCCGGGUCCGGCAAGAAGAAGUGGGCGGCGUGCACGCUGACGGACGUGGAGGAGGUGAAGCAGGUGCUGCGGAUGCUCCCGACCUGGGCCACCACCAUCCCCUUCUGGACCGUCUACGCCCAGAUGACCACCUUCUCCGUCUCCCAGGCGCAGGCCAUGGACCGCCGCCUCGGCUCCUCCUUCGAAAUCCCCGCCGGCUCCCUCACCUUCUUCUUCGUCGGCUCCAUCCUCCUCACCGUCCCUGUCUACGACCGUCUCGUGGUGCCCCUCGCCCGCCGCGUCACCGCCAACCCGCAGGGCCUCUCCCCGCUGCAGCGCAUCUCCGUCGGCCUCCUCCUCUCCGUGCUCGCCAUGGUCGCCGCCGCGCUCACCGAGCGCGCACGCCGGACGGCCUCCCUCGCCGGCACCACGCCCUCCGUCUUCCUGCUCGUGCCGCAGUUCUUUCUCGUCGGCGCCGGGGAGGCCUUCACCUACGUCGGCCAGCUCGACUUCUUCCUGCGCGAGUGCCCCAGGGGAAUGAAGACCAUGAGCACGGGGCUCUUCCUCAGCACGCUCUCGCUCGGCUUCUUCUUCAGCACCGCCAUCGUCAGCACCGUGCACGCCGUCACCACCUCAGGCGCAGGCGGGCGGAGGCCCUGGCUCACCGACGACCUCGAUCAGGGCAGCCUCCACAAAUUCUACUGGCUGCUAGCCGCCAUCAGCGCCGUCAACCUGCUGGCCUUCGUGGCCGUGGCCAGGGGAUACGUCUACAAGGAGAAGCGCCUGGCGGAGGCCGGCAUCCACCUCGUCGCCCACGAUGACGACGUCCUCGUCCAUGCUUGA